AUGGGAGAAGUCACUAGAACUGAAAAACCGUCAUUUGUCACUUCUACCAUAACUUCUACCAUAUGGAGUUCUAUAGAUGCAAGAUUAAUGGACAAGCAUUUAAAGGCCUUUACACCAAGGUAUCUUGACACCAAGUUCAUCAAGGUUGAUGCAGAGAAUGCGCCAUUUUUUGUUGCAAAACUUGCAAUCAAGACAUUUCUUUGUGUUAUAUUCUUUCGGCUGGUUGGGUUUCUUGAUUUGAGUGGGAAAGACGAUUUCUCAAUGAAUACACUUGUUGUUUUGCUGAUUAAGAAAGCAAUCGUGACUGGUUCGCUAGAUUGCUCAAUUCUCGCAACAGAUGUGGAAAUUGGAACAGCCAUUGCUUGUUUAUAA